CCGAAAAGUUAUGGAGAAACAAAGCCAACUCGAGUGAAUUCUCCGAAACUCCUCUUCUUAGCCUUGGAAAAACUUUUUCACAACUAAUUCCGAUAUAGUCGGAAUCAACAUCAUCAAAUAAGUGGAAAAUUUCAUAUAAAAAAUCGCCAUUUUUCUGGAGGAAAUAAAUUCGGGGUGGAGGAGCACCUGCGUGGGCGUACCUGAGUUUAAUUAGGAGGAAAAAGUACCAGAGAAUUAGAGAGAAAUACGUUGCUAUUAAUCUUUUAUUUAACAUGAAAGUAUCUUAACAAAAAUAAUUCAAACUAAAUAUGCGAUUAUAGUUGAUAAAACUUCAUCAAUGUUUAGACAUCAAUUCAUAAGUGUAUCUCUUAAUUAACGUAUCUGUGAAGCAUCAUCUUACAAUUAAAAUAUAUAUAUAUAUAUUAAAACAAUAAAGAUAUAUUUAAUUUAUACUUAAUCAAAGAGGAAAUGCACCCUAGACAUAUUUGAGAGCUGGAAAGUACAUUUAAAGGCACGAGGUCAGCUUCUUUGUGGUGAGAUACGAAUUGAUGUCUAAAAAGAGAAGCGAAACGAAGGUUGAUGUCGCAGAGUCUUUGGAAGAGGAGAAAAAGCUUGGAUCUUUGAAAACCCCAAUUUAAGAAGGAGAGAAUUCAGUUUGGUCGACGCACCGAUUCGCUGUUAAGAAACAGCGACAAGCACAACGAUUAAUGGUUGGCAUUGGAUACAUCUGGAAUGUUAAUCAUGAUUUAAAGACUGAAGGAAAAUGCUUUAUAGAACAGAUAUGUUUCUGCUGCUGUACAUCUGUGGUUGAAUUACUGUGAAGUCAUAGCAACAUUUCUGUAUCUCAUAAUCUAGUAUUUUUCCUUUCAAAUUAACCUUGAAAAUAUCUGUGAAGGAGUUGGUGACAUUUUAGUUAUUGAUAAAGAUCCCAGCUGACAGCAGAGGCGAUAUCUUUAAGGAAGAAACUAUAAAAAAAAAAACGAGGAAAACUAUAUAUUGUGGAGAGAAGAGAAAAUUUAAUUCUGUGACAAAUUAAAGGUUUGAAGUUUUGUAUUCAUUGCGGAGAUGUCGACUGAUAUCCGAAAAUCAUCAUAUCACUGUGAUAUCUGUGGUAAACCAUUCACUGAUACCCGUAACUUAAUUCGACAUAAGCGUACUCAUACAGGUGAGAAGCCGUUUCACUGUGAUGUCUGUGGUAAAUCAUUCUCUGGAGGUAGUGAUUUGACAACUCAUAAACGUGUUCACACAGGAGAGAAACCGUAUUGUUGUGACAUCUGCGGUAAAUCAUUCUCUAGAAGUGGUGACUUAACAAUACACAAGCGUUUUCAUACAGGAGAGAGACCAUAUCACUGUGAUAUCUGUGGCAGGGCAUUCUCUGAUGGAAGUGCCUUAACUAAUCACAAGCGUAUUCAUACAGGAGAAAAGCCGUUUCACUGUGAUAUCUGCGGUAAAUCAUUUGCUAGAAAUCAUAUCUUAACUAUUCACAAACGUGUUCAUACAGGGGAAAGGCCUUAUGCUUGUGAUAUUUGUGGUAAAGCAUUCUCUGGAGGGAGUGCCUUAACUACUCACAAACGAAUUCAUACAGGAGAGAAGCCGUAUCAUUGUGAUAUAUGUGGCAGAUUAUUCUCUGACACUAGUUAUUUAAGAAGACACAAGCGUAGUCAUACUGGAGAAAAACCCUAUAGCUGUGAUAUCUGUGGUAAAUCAUUUUCUGGAAGUAGCGACUUAAAAACUCACAAGCGUAUUCAUACAGGAGAGAAGCCAUAUCGUUGUGAUAUUUGUGGUAAAUCAUUCUCUUUAAGGUGUCAUUUGACCAGACACAAACGCAUUCAUACAGGAGAAAAGCCAUUUCACUGUGAUAUCUGUGGUAAAUCAUUUACUCAAAGCGGUCACUUAACUACACACAUAUCUAUCCACUCUAAAGUGUGACUGCAUCAUUUUCAAAAUACAUUAUAUUUCACAACAGCCAUUGGAAUUUUAAAACCAUUCUUUUUCUACUGAGGCAUGGAUUAGCCUUAUUGACUUAACAGUUAUCCCUGAACUCAUGACAAUAACCCUUUCGUUACUGUAUUUAUUUUGAGAUGCUCUGUGUUUCUUUCAAUUAAUUUUAAAUAUAACAAAGAAUUUAGUAAAAUACUUGGUUAUCAUUAAACUAGUGUUGGUAAAAUAAAU